AUGAGCUGUAUACUAUAUAGCCACAUAUUAGUCGGCAGUAUUGGUGAUUGGCUUGAAGGGAGGAGUCUCCAGGAAUUUUUCAACAAACUUUGGGAUUUACGAGUGGGCACUGUAUCAGGGCGACGAUCCAUAGCACACCAAAGUUUGGAUUUUAUUGAGACAAAAGUUGCAUUCAAGAUAUCAAAACUAGACCAAAAAUGGACCAAGAUUACACUGGUUGAUGCAAUCCAAGUUCCGUUGUAUCCUCCAAAGUUAUCUAGUCGACCAAAUAAUAGACUAUCAAAGCGAUCUCCCAUUAAACUGAAAGGAGAUGUUUUUCAUUGUUUUCGAAUGGAAAUCAGCGUUAAUGGAGUCAAUUUAAAGAUGAUGGUAGAUUCAGGAUCUUUUGAUACAAUCGUGCCAUUCUCCACCUUGAACAACUACAAUGGACCCAGUCUGACAUAUACUAUGCACGAAACAUCCAUUUUUGGAAGUUACGAUGGUGUUACUGCUUGGGAAGGACACGGUUUUUUGGCUACCGUGAGGAUUCAAAAAACUAGUAUAAUCGUUAAAAAUGCUCCAGUGAUAGGAAUCUUUAAACAAUCGACAGACUCACCGUUGAUUGAUGGCAAUAUCGAGCAAGGAAUAUUGGGUCUUGCCUAUCCUUCUUUAGCAGAGUAUAAAGCAACACCACCGACUGUGAUGGAUGCCUUGUACGACAGCAAAGCCAUCUCCAACAACGAAGUUGGUCUUCAUUUAUGCCCUUACGAGCUGUCUAAAAAAAGCUACAUCGACAUAGGAAAUACAAACCUAGCUCCAAAAUGCGGGACAAAUGGAAAUCCUAUUACAUGGAUAUAUUCACCUACUCAGGAUUACUUUACCGUCGAUAUUAAAAGUAUAUUAAUCAAUGGAAACCCAGUAACACUACCCAAUGAAUUUCAAGUAAAAACUCCUGGAGAUAAAAUGCAUCCGUUUUCAAUAAUAGAUACGUGCACUACAACAAUGGAUCUUCCUCAUGAAGUCGUAGCUAUAUUGAUCGACGAGAUUGUUGGGAGCGAUGCGUUUGAACCCAAACUGGAUGAUCAUACAGCUCUAAUCUUUUUUUGGGAACGUUAUAUCAUUAAGAAAUCGCAUUAUACUAUCAAUUGGAAAAAAUUGCCAGUACUUUCGUUUGUGAUGUCUACUGGAGUAUCAAACUCAGAAUCAGAUUCUUCUAUUGUCAAGAUCACAUUGGGACCCAAAGACUACAUUCAGAAAAUCAGCUCCACAAAAUAUUUGUUUUCCGUAAGCGCUGGGUCAAAUAAAAACGCAGUGCUUGGUACAUCUUUCAUGGCUCGACUUAAAUUUGUACUUGAUCGAGAACAUGUACGGAUUGGACUUGGUCCUGGAUGUGGAUGCGAAAAGUCAAAGGAUGGAUAUCCUACUAUUGAAGAUGAAAACAAAGUUCUUUGGAGUCCAAAAUAG